UUAUGCCUUGUGAAAACGGUCUGUAAUGUUAAUGAACUUUGUAUCAAAGCAACACUGUUUCGUGGUUUCAUCUCUUAUUAUUCACAUAAAAAAAUUCUGGAACUAUUAUAUGCAUAUGCGUUUUUUCAUUUCGAGUGCAAUUUUGGGUUUUCGGAAAAGCUUGCCUCGACCUUUGACCAAUACUGCGAAGAUGUCUAGCGAAGUUGAGAAAGCUCAAACAGCGAGCGCAGCCGAAGACACAAUUUUUGGCAAAAUUUUGCGAAAAGAAAUUCCAUGCAAUUUUAUCUAUGAGGAUGAUAAGUGUGUCGCAUUUCAUGAUAUCAAUGCUCAGGCGCCCACACACUUUCUAGUUAUACCUAGGAAGCCUAUUGUUCAACUAUCCCAAGCAAGUGGAAAUGACGGUGAAUUACUUGGCCAUCUUAUGUUAGUAGGUGCUAAAGUAGCUAAAGAUCUAGGAUUAGACAAAGGCUACAGGGUUGUUAUAAACAACGGUCAACACGGAGCACAGUCUGUUUACCACUUGCAUUUGCACUUUCUUGGAGGACGUCAAAUGCAAUGGCCUCCAGGCUAAAAUUUCAUGAUAGUAGGGGCACUCAAUAAAAAUUUUAGAAGAUUAUUAUGGAUAUAAA